AAUAAAAAAAUGGCUACAAAAUUUCAACGAGUUCUGGACCAGGCGACAGACAGUACAUUGGUUGAGCCAAAUUGGGAAGGAAUUAUAUUGUGUACAGAUAUGAUUAGAUCCGGAGAAGUUCCUGCAAAACCAUCACUCCAAGCAAUCAGAAAACGUAUGCAACAUGAAAAUCCGCAUGUCGUAAAUCACACUCUUCUCGUUUUGGAUGCUUGUGUCAAAAAUUGUGGGCAUAAAGUUCAUGCAGAAGUGGCGACACGAGAAUUUAUGGAAGAUUUUAAGAAUUUAGUUACUGAGAACAAAUAUGACGAAGUGAAAAACAAGUCGCUGGAAAUGCUUCAAUGUUGGGCAACUGCAUUCGCUAAUAAGCCAGAAUACAAAAUGGUAGUUGACACUCAUAAUCUCAUGAAGCUCGCUGGUUUCGAUUUUCCAUCUUUGAAAGAAGCAGAUGCAAUGUUUAUGGCUCAAGUUGCUCCAGAAUGGGCUGAUGGACCAGAAUGUUAUCGUUGCCGUUCCGUAUUCUCUGUGUUCACUAGAAAACAUCAUUGCCGAGCUUGUGGACAAAUUUUUUGUGAUAAAUGCAGUUCGAGAGAACUUGCUCUUCCACAAUUCGGAAUUGAAAAAGAAGUUCGUGUUUGUGAAACAUGUUACGAGAAGAAAGUCGCUGAAGUCAAGGAGAGGUAUCCUGCAGUUAAAAAGCAAUUAGAUGCUGCACAUGGAAGAAAAGGUGAUUCAGAAGCUGAUAAAGCUGCGAAAGAGAAACUUUUGAGAGAAAAAGAAGAGGAAGAUCUUGCUCUAGCAAUAGCUAUCAGUCAAAGUGAAGCAGAAGCAAAAGAAAAGGAGAAACAGAAUAAUUUAUAUUCAAUGUAUAAUGGAAUCAAGCCAGAAGUCGAUGGAUACAAAGGAGCAGCUGAACCUGUUACAGCUCCACCACCAGAUGACUCGUCUUCUGAUCCACUUGCCAGAUACUUGAACAGAGACUAUUGGCAGCAGAAAAAAGAAGGAAAAGUGGAGGAUUGGUCAUCCAGAUCUUCUGCUCUAUCUGCUACUGCACCACCACCUUCCGAACCUUCGAUUGCUCCAUCCAUUUGUUCAACUCUUAUGGGUCCUGAUGAUAAUUCAUUGAAUGCUGAUAUUGCUGCAAUGUCUUUGGGUGGUACUAAUGGACUUAAUGGAACAGUUAGUGAUGAUGCGAAAUUGCAAGCAGAUGAUACAAUGAAGUGGUGUCAAUCAAUUCGAGAACAAGUUUCAGUCAUGGACAAUAGAAUUCGAUCGAAUCUUGCCAGAGGUCGCCCUGUAUUCAAUGAUUCUGCUAUUCAAGAUCUAUUCACGAAACUUACUGAACUCCAUUCUCAUGUUCUCAGCCGAAUGCAUACAUUGGAUGAACAACGCGGAUAUUAUGAGAGUCUACAGGAUCAUUUAGCGAAUAUUGGAGAAGCACGUCAAGCAAUUGAUGAAAUGCGUGAAGAACAUGAACGAAAACGUCAAGAACGAAUGGCUGAAGAGCAACGAUUGAGACAGGCACAGAUGCAGCAGACUUUGGAGAUGAUGAGAAUGAAAAAACAUGCAAUGCUAAUGGAACAACGCGAGCAAGCUCUUCAAAGAUUCCAACAGCAACAACAAGAAAUGGCAAUGCGUCGACAUCAGCAACAAGCUUACUACAAUCCACAACAAAUGGGUUAUGGAGCACCUCCUCCUUCAGGACCUCAACAGCCUCCACAACAAUCAUAUUAUGGAUACCAACAAGGACCACAAUCACAGGCUCCUCCUCCAUCGAGUCAAUAUCAGCAGUCACAUGCUUCGACGCAGCAACAACAACAACAAUACUAUCAACAUUAUCAGGCAAAUCAGACCGUUACUCAACCAGUACAACAAGCUCAACAACAAUACCAACAACAAUAUCAAGGAUACUAUCAGCAACAACAGCCAUAUCAACAACAAGCAGGUUACCAAAAUCCUCAACAACACCAAAAUUAUCAAAAUGGAACAACUAAUGAAAAUGGACAAUAUCAACAGCAGCAAUCAUCUGAAGUGAAACAAGAACAUCAAAAUCAUGGAUAUCAACAACAGCAAGCACAACAUCCACCUGCUUCUGUUGCUUCGAACGGUCAUAAUGGAUAUGGAAAUGUUGAUCAAAAUGCUCAUCACCAUCAACAGCAACAACCUCAAAUUGCCGAACAACCACUUAUUUCAUUUGACUAGAACACAUGGCUGACAUAAAUCCCAAUGAUUCUGUAAAUUUGUAGUCUGAUAUCAACUGUGAUAGUGAACAAUCCUCUCUCUCUCUCUCUCAUAUACCCUGUUUUCUGGUGCUACUUUUUGAAACUCGCUAACCCAAUUUUUGUGCAUGAAAGUGUUCAUUUAUGAACCCAGUAAAAUAAUUUAUUGUAUUGUCUGUAUACAACGUGCUUCACCUCCCCAAACACCCCCCAUUUUCCUACUAUUCAUUUUUUUUUCUAAAUUAUUUUUUUUUCAAUGAAACGACAUGGUGACGGU